GAAGAAACUCAAGGCAAACUUCCUUCACCUUUGCGGAUAUGCGUCACUCUCCCCCCCACAAAGGCGAGCAUGUCGUCGCUACUUCUCCGCGGGUUGUCGUCGUCCCGUGCCGGUUCCCAGGGUGCCCGAGUGCUGGCGACCGUAGCCGGCUUCAGUGGCGCUCAGGGCGGCAAGCAGCAGCACACGGAGGCUGCAAGUGGAGUCAAGGAGGUGGAACUCAAGAGACUGCCCGGGAAGGACGAAGGUAUCGUGGAGGUGCUCAUGUGCAGACAUCAUGCCCGGAACGCUUUGGGCCAUGUGUUUGUGUCUCAGAUGAAGGAGCUGGUGUCCAUGGUGUCCAGUGACUCGGCAGUGCGCGUGCUUGUCUUCAGGAGUUUAAUUCCUGGUGUUUUCUGUGCAGGCGCAGACCUAAAAGAAAGGGCUUUGAUGAACAGCCAGGAGUCCGAUUUGUUUGUUCACGGGCUGCGAUCUCUCAUGACUCAGAUCGCCUUGUUGCCAAUGCCCACCAUAGCAGCCAUCGACGGUGUGGCUGUGGGAGGUGGAUUGGAGCUCGCCUUGGCCUGUGAUCUCCGCACGGCUGCGUCUUCUGCACAGAUGGGCCUGAUUGAGACGACGCGGGGGCUGCUCCCAGGGGCCGGGGGCAGUCAGCGGCUGCCUCGUACUGUGGGAAUGGCACUGGCAAAGGAGCUCAUCUUCACAGGGAGGCGCGUGGGGGGGCAGGCGGCCGCCGAGAUGGGCCUGGUGAACAGAGCCAUUGAGCAGGACCAGACAGGAGAGGCGGCGUAUGCGGAAGCGCUUGCCCUAGCCAGAGAGAUCCUGCCCCAGGCUCCCAUCGCUGUGCGGAUGGCCAAAGAGGCGAUGAAUAGAGGCAUGGAGGUUGACAUCACCUCAGCGAUGGCCAUCGAGAGGAUGUGCUACGCUCAGGUCAUCCCGACACGGGACAGACAGGAGGGAAUGGCGGCCUUCAUAGAGAAGAGACCUCCGUUUUACAUUGGCGAAUAAGCUGUUUUUAUUUUUUUAGGACGAAUCACUUAUUUUUGUAGCCUCUGCGCUAGCCUAUGUAUGUUCUUUAUUUCCUAUUUAGAAAUCAUGACACGAUAAUAUCAAAGUGGAUACUUGCCCCCCCCUUUUUUUUUUUUAUUACAAUGACUCAAAACCUCAGAAAGAAAAUUAUCAAUCGUAUACAAUAAAAUAAAUGUGAUGCAACUCUUAACAAGCUAAUACAGUUUCUCCUUCAAAGCGUAUUGACACAUUCCAUUCCCGCGCUGCACUAACGCACAUGCUCACUCAUGGCAUGCAUCUGACAGGGAUAAAAUUAUAACGUUACGAGAAAAAAAGUCGUUAAAAAUGGACACCUUUGCGGCUAUGUGAAAAAGAUAAAAUCACAUUACAGGAAUGGAGUCGCAUAGUUGUGAGAAUGAAA